AUGUCGCAAACAAUCGGAAAGACCCGUCUCGCCUACUCUCGCACAUGGCACUAUGUCGAUGUCGGUUCGGAUCCCCGGGCCCUCGGGCGCCUGGCCUCAUCCAUCGCCCUUUUCCUGAUGGGCAAGAACAAGCCCAUCUACGACCCCUCGACCGAUUGCGGUGACUACGUGGUGGCUGUUGGCUGCCAUGACCUCCGCACGACGGGCAAGAAGCGCGCCCAGAAGCUCUACUACACGCAUACGACCCGGCCCGGUAGUCUGAAAAGCAUGACCAUGGACAAGAUGUUUGAGAAAUGGGGCGGUGGUGAGGUUCUGAGAAGGGCAGUCAAGGGGAUGUUGCCCAAGAACCGGUUAAGGGAGAAGAGAUUGGCUCGGUUGAAGACCUUCGAAGGUCUUGCCCACCCCUACAAAGAGAACAUUGUCAAGUACGGCAACCAGUCGGUCAUUGGAAGCCUCCCCGAGGUGCAGGAAGCUUUCAAGGCUGCCAAGACGUCCGCAUAG